AUGUCGUUCCUGGAUUUCUGCCCUUCUUGCAUGAGUUUUCUGGGUGCCACUCGCUUUCGCGACCACUUUAUCCCGAGUCUACCGAAAGAUCCCCGCCGACCGGUGGCUUGUGCAAUGAGCUUCCCAUGGCUUCGAGUUGCUUGGCUGCAAUCAAUUCGACAAGACAGAAAGGACCUUUCUCUUGUCUGGCAAAUUGCCAACGGUCCGCCAGCAGGGACCAAGCCAUGUGCAGGCACUAAAGCCGACGUCAGAAGAUGGUACCAUCUGACCGAUCCUAGAACGAAAAAGCCGGUGGAUAACUUCGACAUCUGCUCGGCCUGUGUAAGAAAUAUUGAUAUGAUCUUUCCCACACUCCAAUUCUGCGUGUUUGACCGGCCGCAGGAGAAGAAAGAGCAAGAAAAGAUAUGUAAUCUGAACGCCGAGAGCCGUCAUUUCUUGCCAAUGUUAAGCGAGCUGGAGCGACUAGCUGAGCGGUCGAGGGAGACUAUGCGGCACAGGGACUUUCAGGAGUUUGUGGAUUUUGUUCGCCGCAUUUCGCGCAACCGACACUGCGUGAAGGACACCUUACUCGCAACUCAAUCCUGGCACUAUAUCUCGGAUCUUCCAGAGUUCACGAUCUGUGAGGAGUGUUACGAAGAGGUUGUGUGGCCUCUCAGAGAUCGACCCAUUGCACGAGACGUCUCCAAGACACUCAAACUCGUGCCUGUCUUGCGCAAAAACUCUUUACUUCGAGGAACAAGUUGCCAACUCUACAGUGAUCGCAUGAGAAGAAUCUUCCAUGAUGCGGUGAACCGGAAUGAUUUUGAGAGCUUGAAGUCGGCGGCUAGAUACCGCUAUAAUAUGGAGCAUCGGCUGCAGGAGAUACACAAACUGUACGAACUGGAUUUACAAGCCGGUAUUGAUCGGAGGGCAGAGAUGGAGAAGAACAUCUCCAUCUGGAAGUCUAUCGAAUAA